AUGUCCACGUCAACAUAUAAGAAGUUCGAGCAGGCGGGCUCCUCCGAUCUUCCUGAUAAGAUGACUAUCUAUCAGGAUUGUAUGAACACAUUCAAUGAGACUCCUGUCAACCCAAAGAGAUGUAGAUUGCUUAUUUCUCGUCUUUUGAGACUGUUGGCACAAGGUGAAACUUUCCCAAGGAACGAAGCUACCGCCUUAUUCUUCUCGAUCUCGAAGUUGUUUCAAUACCCUAACGAUUCCUUGAGACAACUGGUUUACUUGGCCAUCAAAGAGUUCAGUGGUAUUUCAGAGGAUGUCUUAAUGGCUACUUCUUCCAUUAUGAAAGAUGUGCAAAACGGUUCUGACCUGGUUAAGCCAAAUGCCAUCAGAUCAUUAACAAAUGUCUUAGAUGAGUCUACCGCUUUCUCCGCCGAAAGAUUACUGAAAAGUGCUUUGGUUAGCAAACAUCCAUCGAUCUCUUCUGCUGCCUUGUGUACUUCUUACCAUCUAUUGCCAAUCUCUGAAGUUACCGUCAAGAGAUUCACCAAUGAAACACAAGAAGCCGUUGUUGAUUUGAAACAGUUCCCAAGCUCAAGCAUGAAUGGCGAGUAUUACCCAAACUCCACUUACAUCACACAAUACCAUGCUCUGGGUCUAUUAUACCAAUUAAAGAAAAAUGACAAAAUGGCUUUGUUGAAGUUGGUUAGACAAUUCUCUGAAGGCAAUGUUUUGAAGAACCAACUUGCGAAGGUUGAAUUGGUGAGAAUAGUCAGCGAAUUGAUUCAAAAGGACCCACAAUUAUUCACGCAAUUUAAGCCAUUGUUGAACAACUGGCUGUCAAACAAGUUUGAAUCUGUGCAAUUAGAAACUGCUAAGAUGAUCACUUCUUUUGCCAUUCACAACCCAAGAUUGGUUUCUCCAGAACUUUAUGCUGCCGCUAUCUCUGCCUUGCAAUCCUUGCUAAGUGUACCUCGUGUUUCUACAAGAUUUGCAACUUUGCGUAUCCUAAACAGAAUUUCUAUGAUUUCUCCAGAAAAGAUUGCCAUCUGUAACCCAGAGCUAGAAUCUCUAGUAAACGACUCCAACAGAAACAUCUCUACUUAUGCUAUCACUACUUUGCUAAAGACAGGUACAGCUAAGAAUAUUUCAUCUUUGAUUCACACCAUUACAAGGUUUAUUCAUGAUGUUUCCGACGACUUCAAGAUCAUUAUCGUUGAUGCCGUGCGUACACUAUCUUUGAAUUUCCCACAAGAAUGGAAGUCCAUUGUCACUUUCUUGAUUGAUGUACUAAAGAAUAGUGAAGGUGGUUUCAAGUAUAAGAACAGUAUCGUGGAAGCUUUGAUUGAUAUUGUAAGCUUCGUUCCUCAAUCAAAGGAACUUGCACUAGAGAAUCUGUGUGACUUUAUUGAAGACUGUGAAUAUAACGAAAUAUUAGUCAGAAUUCUGCAUCUAUUGGGUAAAGAAGGUCCAAGUACCACCAACCCAUCUCUAUACGUUAGACACAUUUACAACAGAGUUGUUCUAGAAAACUCCAUUAUUAGAUCUGCCGCUGUAGUAGCUUUAUCAAAGUUCGCGCUAACAAAGAAUGAUUCUACUCUUUGUGAAUCCAUUAUCAGUCUUUUGAAGAGAAUUGUUCAUGACAAGGAUGACGAAGUUAGAGACAGAGCAUCCAUUGCUUUGAAGUUUAUAGAAGCAGCAAAGGAGAAGAAUGAUAAAGUUGCCAACGAUCUUAUCCAAUCUAGUUCCGCUUAUGACCUAUCCUCUUUGGAGUCUAAGCUUUCUGCUUACCUAUCUUCCAACACCGACUCCUUCCAAACUCCAUUUGACUCUCAGAGUAUUCCAAAGUAUGCUGAAGAUGAAUUAAAGGCGAUGGAAUUGAAGAAGAAGCAAGAGAAGAUCUUCGAAAACAAAGGUGACAAGACUAGAGAUUCAAGCAAGACAGAAUCUACAUCCAACAGUGCUGGAGAGAACUUCAAUGCUGAAGCUGAAUACGAUGAUGGUAAGGAUGACCUAUUGGCUGCCAAGUAUGCCGAGGAGAUGGCUGCUAUCCCAGAGAUAAACGCUUUCGGAUCUAUAGUGAAUACCACUAAGGCUGUACCACUAACAGAACCAGAAGCCGAGUUUGUUGUCACUGGUAUCAAGCAUCUCUUUGCCGACCAUGUUGUCAUUCAAUUCAACAUCAGGAACACUUUGACCGAUGUUAUCUUGGAUAAUGUUUCUGUUUCCUGUGUUCCAGAAGAAUCUGGUGAUGUUACCCUGGAAGAACAAUUCACCAUUCCAAUUGAUAGACUACUACCUAGUGCGGAAUCAUCCUGUUAUGUCGCCUUCAAGAAGCCAGAGGCUAUUGUCACAGAGACUUUCAUGAACAGCAUUAACUUCACGACUAGAGAAGUUAACCCAGACACCAAUGAGCCAUUUGAGGGUGAUGAAGGUUUCGAAGAUGAGUACGAGAUCGAUCCAAUCACACUAAGUGGUGGUGACUAUGUCAAGAGUUCGUUUGUUGGUAACUUCACCUCUGCGUUUGACGAGCUUCCACACGAAGAAAUCGCUGUGUAUAACAUCCAAGAAGAUAUCAGCAUACAAGAAGUAGUAGAUAAAGUCAUCCAAAACACCAGCUGUCUUCCACUUGGUAGCACACAGUAUGUUGGUGGUGACUCCAACUCUCAUACAUUGAAGCUAUUCGGUAAGAGUGCACUAACUGGCUCCAAGAUCGGUAUGUUAGUCAAAUUCAUCAAGAGUUCCAAGGGUGUUGCAUUGAAGGUCCAAGGUAAAGCAGAAGAUGCCACUCUAUGUGCGGACCUUGUUAACAGUGUUAUUUAA